GAACUUGGGAACAAGAAAGAACUCAAGUCCAUGCCUUUCAUCACCUAUCUCUCUGGCCUGCUGACAGCCCAGAUGCUGUCCGACGAUCAGCUGGUUUCCGGCGUGGAGAUCCACUGCGAAGAGAAAGGCCGCUGCCCUUCGACUUGCCACCUCUGCCGCCGGGCCGGCAAGGAGCAGCUGAGCCCCACCCCGGUCCUUCUGGAGAUCAACCACAUUGUCCCGCUAUAUAUGCUCAUCCAGGACAACGAGACCCGGGAGGCCUUCAAGGGAGCCCUCAUGAGCUCUUACUGGUGUUCGGGGAAGGGAGAUGUGAUUGAGGACUGGUGCAGAUGUGACCUUAAUGCCUUCGAUGACAAUGGCCUCCCCAGCUGCAGCCCACUUCCCCAGCCUGUGUUGCGCCUCUCUCCCCAUGUGGAGCCUUCAAGCACGGUGGUCUCCCUGGAGUGGUACGACGUCCAACCGGCCAUUGGGACCAAAGUCUCCGAUUACAUCUUGCAUCACAAAAAGGUGGAUGAGUACACAGAUACCGACCUGUACACAG